GGAGUGCGAGCGAGGCCGAUGUGACGCGGCUACAGUGCGUGCGGGGGAGACGACGACACCGGCCAAGGCAAGCAGAAGCGAGCCCUGAUCCAAGCUAGCCAAAGCGAGCUAAUUAAGCUACCUCCGAGGUCGUCCUGUGGUGGACGCCCUCAGCAGCUAGAGCCGUCUCCUUCCGCCCGGCGGCACGGUCGUCGGCCGCUAUACGGACAGUGGGUAGUGAGUGGUUCAUCGAUCGGGUUGCUCAUGGGGAGGCCGAGGUGGUGGGCCAAGCGGUGGAAGAGGAGCUCCGGGUCCGCGCGGACGCUCGGCGUCGCGGCGGUGGUCGCGCUCGUCGUCCCCCUCUGCUUCGUCGCCAGCAGCAGCCGUCUCCCGGGGACACUGGGUGGCGGCGCCCUCGCUUCAGGGACCAUGGCAGCGGCAGCAGGAGCCCAUCAUCCCGGCGAUCAGGCGGCGGCGACUCAUGGGUUGCAGGAGCUGUUCUACAUCGCACGACGACGACGCCGGCGGCUCGCGGGAGGCGGCUUGGGGUCGCACCCGCCACGGUGCGCCUCCAAAUGCGGACGCUGCGACCCUUGCUACCCGGUGUCCGUGCCCCUGCCCGUGCCGCGGGGGGUUCUGGACUUGGUCACCCCGGAGUCGGAGUACUACCCGGAGGCGUGGCGGUGCAGGUGCCGGGACCAGCUCUACAUGCCGUGACGGAGGCCGGCCGGAGAUCGAUCCAAGUAGGUGUGGAGAUCGUUGGCCGGGACCAGCUCCACAUGCGCUAGAGCUUGGAGAUGAUAGCGCGACGACGCUCGAUGGAGAUGGCAGCACGACAACGCGCACUAGAAAUGGGGGCGCGAUGGGGCUCGCUAGAGGCAGCGCUAGGCGACUACGGCCGCACGGGGCCUUAGUCGUAGGGUUACGGUUGAAUAGGAUAGUGUACAUCUAGAUCGCAAUAGGAAAGGGGAACAGGUGUCUACGUGGCAGUGUGAGUAGCCCACGUGUCAUAUAUAAAGAUGGCAACAGAGACUCGUUA